AAUAAUAAAUAAACAAAAUAUUUGUGUAAAAGAAAUGCUGUUUUGAAUGUGUUUUGGGAUUAAAUUGUUUUGAGAAAAGUCUAAAUCAUUUAAUUUAUUACAAUUUAGGGCCAAAUGUUUGUCACAAAAGUACUGAUCAUUAAGUCAUGCAUUUAUACGACAAGACUCGCCACAAGACAUCACUCGGUGUGUCAACUGAUGGCCAGAAAUCUGUCCCAAAGCCCUAAUAGCGAUGAGAAACAAAAGCAAUCAAGUCGUGAACAUUUAAACGCUGUUUACCGACAACUGUCCGAAUCG